AUGGCAAUUCUACGUGCCCGCAUUCAGAAUUUGUUCCAACGCCGGGGAUUCGCGUCAACAGCUAUUGGACUUCAACAGCAGAAGCUAACACUACCCCGACUCCCCAUAUUCGAGGCGCUCGCAUCUCAUCCCAAAGAUGAUACCGCAGUAGUACACUCUGCCUCUGGGCGCAGUUUCAGUUAUGGGAACUUACUCGCCGAUACAGCGCUCUAUAAAGAGCAGCUUUUGAAGCUCACUGGGUCGGAAAAACAGCAGAACCUAGAGGAGAAGCGGGUUGCGAUGCUGGUGGAGAACGGAUAUGACUAUGUAGUGAGUAUGCUCGGAAUAUUUGCCUCUGGGGGCAUUGCGGUCCCAUUAUGUACUUCCCAUCCUACGAACGAGAUGCGCUACGUCGUCACAAAUUCCACGCCUUCCCUCCUCGUUACCUCUACCAAGUUCCAGAAACAGUGCGAAGCCAUCUUCGACUCCUCUUCUUCUUCCUCCACAGACCAUGUCUGUAGCAUCGAUUGCCCCCACAAACGCCUCCCUCAUGAAGGCACUGACGUGCCUCCGGUCGAGCUUACAGACAAUGCAGGAUUGGUUGACAGAGGGGCGUUAAUAAUAUACACCUCCGGCACGACUAACCUGCCCAAAGGUGUUGUCAGCACUCACAAGGCUCUGGCUGCCCAGAGCAGUUGUAUCAUACAGGAAUGGAUGAUGCACAAAGACCAUCUUCUGCAUGUCCUACCGCUACAUCAUAUCCAUGGCGUGGUAAACGGAACGCUUGCGCCGCUUUUCUCGGGGGGGACGAUAGAAUACAUGUUUCCAUUUAAUGCUGCAGGAGUGUGGGAGCGAUUUGCAGCAGGUGUGAGUGUAGAUGCAAAGGUGAAAAAACCUGGGGUAUCACUAUUUAUGGCGGUACCAACGGUUUAUAACCGGCUUCUAUCUGCGUUUUCGGGCCUGCCUGAGGAUACAAAGGAAAAAGGGAGAGAGGCGGUUGGAAAGCUGCGGUUAGCAAUCUCUGGGAGUGCAGCGCUUCCGGGAAGUAUCAAGGAUCAGUGGCGGGCACUUGCGGGGACCGAGCUUGGUGGAGGAACGAUACUAGAGCGGUAUGGGAUGACGGAGAUUGGGAUGGCCUUGUCGCAGAAAUUAGCGCUAGAUUGCCGGAUGAGCAAUUCUGUCGGGUGGCCGCUUCCAGGGGUGGAGGCUCGACUAGUUGAUAUAGAGUCUGGGAGUAUCAUUCAGGAUACAGAGAAAGAGGGUGAAAUCCAGAUCAGGGGCGAUACAGUAUUUAGGGAAUAUUGGGGCAAACCAGAGGCAACCGCGAAGGAGUUUGUGGAGGAUGAGGCCGGGCGAAAGUGGUUCAAGACCGGUGAUAUAGCGAUAAGAGAUAACAGAGGGGCAUAUUUUAUAAGGGGUAGGGCGAGUGUCGAUAUUAUCAAAUCUGGGGGUGAAAAAAUAUCGGCCUUGGAAGUUGAACGAGAGUUGUUAGAAUUGCCCCAGGUCAAAGAAGCGGCCGUCGUGGCCCUCUCAGAUGCCGUCUGGGGUCAAAAGGUCGCUGCUGUGGUCGUACUAACCCCGAAAGGCAAGGAAGAAAAGUUCGGUCGAAAGGAAAUGCGGGAAUCUUUGAAGAAAAAUUUGGCCAGAUAUAAGGUCCCUUCGAUAAUGAAGGUGGUCGAUGAGAUCAGAAGGAACCAGAUGGGGAAGAUCAACAAAAAGAUUCUUGUUAAAGAAAUAUUCAGUGAAUGA